AUGGUUAAUAACGAAGAGAACGAAGACAAGAAAAUUUUUAAAAUCCAUAAGUGGUCAGGAGUAGCUGCAUGGUCUUGGGACAUCAAUGUAGAUAAUUGUGCCAUUUGUAGAAAUCAUAUAAUGGACUUAUGUAUUGAAUGUCAAGCUAAGUUAAACGAAAAUGAUGGUAAUAAUAAGGAAAAAAAAAUUGACAAAGAGAGUUGUACAGUUGCAUGGGGUGUAUGUAAUCAUGCCUUUCACUUGCACUGUAUAUCAAGGUGGAUUAAGGCUCGACAAGUAUGCCCAUUAGAUAACACUCCAUGGGAAUUCCAAAAGGCAACAGAAUGA